CGCCUGACUGAGAAGGACACGCAAGAUGCUACACUGACAUACCAUAUUAUAUUAUCAUUUUAUAACAGACUUUUUGAACACAAUGUUUUGUUUGAGCGCUGGGUAACACAAUCAUGAAGCUGGUCGCAAGGGAUAUUGAUAAAUCUGGCCAAGGGUCUGUGACCCUGAUUCCAGAAGAAGCAGAAGAUAUGUGGCAUGCAUACAAUUUGGUAUCUAUUGGUGAUACUGUGAGAUCAACAACAAUCAGAAAAGUGCAAACAGAAUCUGCCACAGGGAGUGUAGCAUCAAACAAAGUGCGAACAACACUGACCAUCAGUGUGGAAAAUAUAGACUUUGAUACUCAGGCCUGUGUACUUAGAGUAAAGGGGAGAAAUAUACAGGAAAACCAGUAUGUUAAGAUGGGUGCCUACCAUACCUUAGAUCUUGAAAUGAAUCGCAAAUUUCAACUUGCCAAGCACUACUGGGACAUAGUUGCCUUAGAACGAAUUGAAAUGGCCUGUGAUCCCACACAGCAUGCUGACUUGGCAGCAGUUGUGAUGCAGGAAGGGCUGGCUCACAUCUGUCUGGUCACUAGUGCAAUGACCCUGGUCAGGGCUAAAAUAGAAACCUCUAUUCCCAGGAAAAGGAAAGGGAUGUGUGGACAACAUGACAAGGGUAUAACAAAAUUUUAUGACCAGAUCAUCCAAGCUAUUCAAAGGCAUGUAAAUUUUGAUGUGGUCAAAUGUGUACUCAUUGCUAGUCCAGGAUUUCUGAAGGAUCAAUUUAUAGAUUAUAUGUUUACUCAAGCCCUAAAAUUGGACAUAAAAAUUUUAUUGGAAAAUAAGUCCAAGUUUCUGGCAGUUCAUUCAUCCUCGGGACAUAAGCAUGCUUUAAAAGAAGUUCUCUCUGACCCUGCAGUAACAUGUAGGUUGAGUGACACCAAGGCUUCAGGGGAAGUCAAAGCUCUAGAUGACUUCUAUCAGAUGCUGCAGAAUGAUCCAAAUAGGGCUUUUUAUGGAAUCAGGCAUGUUGAAAUGGCCAAUGAGCAACAAGCUAUAGAAACACUGCUUAUAUCUGACGAGUUGUUUAGAUCUCAAGUUGUGGCAACGCGGCAACGUUAUGUACAGCUGGUAGAAAGUGUCAGAGAAAAUGGUGGUGAAGUAAAGGUUUUUUCAAGCCUGCAUGUGUCAGGAGAACAAUUAGGUCAGCUAUCUGGCGUUGCUGCAAUCCUGAGAUUCCCAAUAUCUGAUGACAUCAGUGAAGAUGAAGCAAGCUCAAGUGAUGAGGAUUGAUAAGGAAACAAACAAACAAAAAAAGAAACCCAAACCCAAAUUGACACUCAUUUCUUUUUUCCACAAUGUGGAUUGGCAGCAAUAUGGUGCUCAAUUUAUGUUUGUUUAUAACAGAAAGUGGGAGAGGCGAAAAUGUUAUCGAAUAUUUAGCGAAAUGUAUGCGUCCCAUGUGAAUGAUGACUUACUGAUCAAAAUUAGCCACACAUGGGGUUAGAGGUGCUCCAGCGUGGCAGGAUGGAAGUGCAGGAUAUUUUGUUAUUGGUAUCUGCAUCAGAAUUAGUUAUCACCCGAUUAGACUUGACUAAUGUUAAUGCUUUAUCAUUACACGUAACCAAGGUGUAGACUCUUUAAUAGUUCAGUGGGUCUUUUUCAGUAUAGUUUAAAAAAAACAAAACAUAGAUGGUACUGAGGAAAAAUUACCCUUGUGGUUAUGGAAUAUACUUCCAUGUGUUUAACAUAUGGACAAUUUACAUCAUUUUUAGCUGUAGUUACUUAAGGAAAGUGGAAUUAAGUAAAGAAUUAUUUAUGAACAGUUAAGUAAAUUUAAUAUUGAAAAUGUUCAAUGUGUAUUAUUGCAGUUUUAUUUAUUUAAUUGACAACCUGAUAAAUAAUGUACAGUAAAUUAUUUAACGCUUAUUUAUGGGAUUUGUUACAUUUUAGUAGGACAAGUAUUGACUAUGUUAAGAAAGAAGUGCAUGAAAUUUGAAAGAUUGACAAAACCAGCUGCAAAUGUUAAUAAAGCAGUUAUACCCAACUGCUUGUUCUUCAAAGAUGUCUGUUACAGUAAUUUUAAUUCAUAUCUGAAUCGGUCAAUAAAAU